AUGACCCCACCACCUACGGACAGAGAUGAUGGACCUGGAGACACAAUGGCAGACCCAGAAGACCGGUCCUCUGCGGACGUGCAAGCCUCCAGCGACGAGGAAACCGUAAAUGCCGAGAGGGACAACGACGGCAUCGUCGGACCCUUGGACGGCGACGACGAUGACAAGACACAGGCAUCCAACACAUCCCCAGCAAUCGAAAAUGGGACCAUCUCAAAUCGCUAUCGACAAAUACUAAGAGAACAAGCCGACGAUGUCUCGGAAGAAGGAUCAGUUGAUGCGGCGCCGAAGCGCGUGGGGAGCCCUAUCGAUUCCCUGCUGUCUGGCUCCGUGAUAUCUUCUCCGAGUAGCAGCGUUCUUCCGUCCGUAGCAUCCCGACCCGGCCUUAGCAGUCCCUCCCCAUCAUUCCGGCCCUUCGACCGCCGCUUCCAGUCCCGCAUCUCCUCCUCUAGCUUCAUUCAUAGCCCACGUUCAUCCUCUCCUGCUUUCCUCUCCGGCCAUAGCCGAUCCGCAUCUCUCAGCUCCGGAAUACUCGAUCGCGAAGAUACUGACACCCCUUCCCCGCCUUGGGAGGUUGUACGAUGGACGAGGUUGAAGAAACUCAACGGCCAGGCCUUUUCGGAGGCUGGCAAGCGCAACUUUGGCACCCCUACUUGCAUCGCUGUCUCCGCCUCAAUUGUGCUGGGGACCAGCAAGGGAAUAAUAUUAAUGUUUGAUUACAACCAGGUCCUGAAGACCAUUAUCGGGCCAGGCACAAAGGCCGUUGAGUCAGGCGCUAUCACCGCGAUUGCUGUAUCGGCAGAUCACACCACCAUUGCUGGUGGACAUGCAAACGGAAGCAUUUUCACCUGGGAGACAAAUCGAGCGUCCAGGCCGUUCCUCUCUAUUCCACACUUGGACCAAUCCCAAGUGCAAAACCGUAUUAUGGAUGGGCAUCUUCCUGGCGUCGCGGUCACGCAUCUCGGAUUCCUAGGAACCAGGCACACUGCGCUUGUUUCGGCAGAUGACCGGGGCAUGGCGUUUUCGCACUUGGCAACAAGAGGCACUGGUUCUUUGGGUAGGACUGUAAAGACUACGAGGAUUCUGGGACGGUACCCGAAUGCUGCGCCUCCGGCUGGAAAAUCACUGAAGCCCAGUACUGUGCUGGCAUUUAGCCCCUUGCCGCUAGGUAAUACGGAACGCGCGACAGAUACAAUGGGCUUGACAGCCAUGUUGACGCCAUACCUCUUGGUUAUUGUGUCUACAACACCCGUCGCCCAGACACAGCAUAAAUCAGCAAGACCAAAAGAUGUCGCACAUCAUAGCGCAAUGACCGGCUGUCUGGCGUGGUUCCCUGCGGUGAAGCUCAAGGUUCCAGACCCUGUCACAGGCAGCGACAUCUCCAAAGUCAAACUAGUCUACUGCUGGUCCAAUGUCCUGACCGUCUUAGACGUUGACGAAAUACCGUCAGAGAAUAAGGAUAAGCCGCCAACUUUGAAGUUCAAGGCACGGAGCAGGUGGAAGUGUGAGGAGGCCAUCGUCGCAGUCCAAUGGCUCAGUCGUUCCGUCCUCACCGUUUUGACCAUAACGCAGCGCUUGAUUGUGCUUGAGGAUCGGAGCAUGCGCAUGACGGAGGGUUUUGAUCUCAUAAACAAAUUCAUCUAUCAUGCCGAUUUGUUCUCCAAGCAGUUGCAUACUUUGGUGGAGCAACUGGAUGAAGAUGAUACGUCUAUGCAUGGCGUUGUCGCUGAUGCUUUCUACAUGAGUUUUAAGACCUACAAAGGUAAAAUAUUCCUCCUUGGUUUCAAUGAUGUCUCCAUUGGCUCGCUAUCGAAUUGGGCGGAUCGUAUUAUUGCUCUUAUGGAGAAUGGUGAUUACGUUGGAGCUAUUCAGCUGGGCACAUCAUACUAUACUGGUGAUGCUGAUAAGCUUACAAUUGGUUUGCCUGAGGAUACUGAACUGCGCCAUUCGAUGGUACGCGACAAGCUCAUGGAGAUUAUGAGAGCGUCACUGAAGUACGCUUUCACGCAGCGGCAAAGAGACAGAUCUGCUGCCGAUGACGCCCAUCUCCGAGAGUUGGCCGAAAUCUGCUUUACCGCUUGCCAUAGUGUCGGCGACAUCGACUUCCUCUUUGACGAAAUGUACGAAUGGUACGAGGAUGCCGGCGUGGAGGGUAUCUUCCUCGAGACUAUGGAGCCAUACAUUCUUGAAAAAAGCAUUACCAUUGUGCCCCCGAGUAUUGUCAAGGCUACAGUUACCCAUUACGUCACGAAAGGAUGGGAGAGCCGUCUUGAGGAAAUGAUCGUGCACAUGGACACAACGACACUUGAUCUGGACCAGAUUACCCUCCUGUGCAAGCAGCACAGCCUCUACGACGCGCUGAUAUAUGUUUGGAAUCAGGCAUUGAACGACUACAUCACGCCGUUGAUUGACUUACUAACCCUGCUGCUGCCUCUUAUGAGUAAUGGCGAUUACAUGUCUUCCGGAAACAUGGAAGACGAAAUUUACGGUGUUAAUGCUCUCAAAAUGUUCCCCUAUCUCUCGUAUACUUUGACGGGCAGAGUAUACCCCACUGGAGAAGCCAUGAAUGAUGCAGUCGCCUCGAAGGCUAAGGCUGAGAUUUACUGGUUUCUGUUUUCAGGCAAUAGCGUGACAUGGCCUAAAGGAAGCAGCCGGCGAUUUCUUACUCGACCCGACCAGCAUACCGAACCGUCGUUUCCAUACCUCAGGUUGAUCCUGAAAUUCGAUGCCCCAAGCUUCCUGAGCGCUGUGAACGAAGCCUUUGAAGACUCAUUUCUGAAUGACUCUCCCGAGAAGCAGGUCAAUGGCGGCAUUAGAGGCGACGUCCCCGAGGAGCAAAUCUUCGGGCUUACUGUCGAUCGGCAAUACAUUGUUUCCAUUCUCUUGGAGAUUAUGAAUCCGGCCGACUUCGCAGCUGAAGACACCAUUUAUCUCGAUAUGUUCAUUGCUCGCAAUCUUCCAAAGUUCCCUCAAUAUUUGCUUUUCCCCGGCUCAGCGCUUAUGAAAGUUCUCACUGGGCUUUGCAAUUACCCCGGAGCUGACCUUGCCGAAGACGCGCAACUCAGUGCCGAGUACUUGCUGUCGAUAUAUCAGCCACCCGAUGUUAACGCGCUAAUUCCUAUGUUCAAGAAAGCGGGCUUCUAUCGGAUAUUGAAAAGGCAAUACAAGGUUGACAAACAGUAUGGCAAGCUUGUCCAGACUUAUUUCGAAGACCCCGCUGACCGGGACGCCGUCUUUGAAUGCAUUGGCGACUGUCUUCGGCCACACAGUGGCCUGAACCACCGACAGGUUCAAGACGUCCUCGAAGCAAUCAAAAGUAACGCCAGGGAACUCCUCGGAAUAAACCCACCCGAAGCGGCGAUGGUCUUAGCAGCGCAGUCUGCGGAUAUCCAUCAACACGUGCUCGACUCUGCCCCAGACGCACCGGAGCUGCAGUUCUUUUACCUACGGACGUUGCUCGAGCCCGAGACACGAGACGGAGAACCAACCGCAAGCCCCGAUCGUGUCCUCAUCGAGCGCUACGUUCAGCUCAUGUGCAAGUACGAUCCAUCUCAUGUAUCAGACUAUAUCGGCCUAGUGCAGUCCGUGAAUCUUAGGCUGGACGUUCUGCUGCCUGCUAUGGAAGAGACGGGCGUGAUCGACGCUGCCGUGGUUCUCAUGGCACGAGAAGGUCAAGUCAAGGAUGCCAUGGACAGGCUUGUGAAGCACCUCGGCACCCUAGAGUCAGCCUUGCAAGGCAUUCUCACCAGUGCCCAGAGGCAAAGCUCAAAUGGCUUGCAGUCGGAAGCUGAAGAGACUUUGCGAGCGUUGCAAAAGUAUGUUCAUGUGGGCAUUUGGCUAUGUCAAGGCCAAACCAAGUCGUCGAGAAAAGCGAACGGUGUUCAACAGCGAAAGUCGAAAUCAACUACGGAAAUACUGUCACCGGAUGAAGAGCUCUGGUUGAGCCUAAUUGAUGCUGCAGUGCAGACGACGCGGUCCAUAUCUUCUACUAUCGAAUCGUCAAGCAUUGCACAAAAUGGUACUUCGUCAGAGGAAGACGCCCAAAGAGAGCCUUUGGACAACCUGGACAAGGAGAAGCUCUUGGCGCUUUUGCGAUCUUUAGUGCAGCACACAUUCACGGCUCUUCUUACAACAACAUCUAGUCCUGCGGGAGCUCAGGCUGGAGGUCGGCUUCUGACCAACGCAGGAAGCAAUCUAUCAUUCCUACGUAUCUUGCGUGCUUUUUUGACUCGGGCCGCGGCAUCGUCGCCCAACCUAGCGGAUCUUCGCUCAGUGCUGGCUUCAAUAUUCUCGGCAUAUGCGUACGAAGAGUCUAUCUUGCGGCUUUCAAACCGUCUUCUGGAGCGGAGCUUAUUCGUCAAUGUCAAGCAAGCCGUCGACCUCCGGCAACGUGGAUGGCGUCCGCGAGGUUCUACGUGCGAGGCUUGCGGUCGCCGCAUAUGGGGCCCAGGCGUCUCCGGAAACGUUUUCGAAGCCUGGGAAGAGAAGCAAGCUCGUGACGAACAGCACAAGGCCGAUAGGAAGGCCCAAAUCGCUGCUUCGGAUGAGCGUGGCAAAGGCAAGGCAUCUCCGGUGGCAGGUGAGGCGUCCCAGGUUGUGUACGACUCAAAGGGGAAGGGCAAAGCGGCAGCGGCUGUACCAGGACCGACGAGCGGGGACAUGGAGGCAGAAGCAGAAGGGGACAUCGAUGGGCAGAACGAUGCUGUCGGAAGACCCAAAGAGCAGCCGCUCGGACCGUUGGUCGUGCUGGCUUGCAGACACAUUUAUCACCGGAGUUGUUUGGAUGCCUAUCAGGCUCGACCGGAGGUCGAAGGAGAGACCCGCAGAAUUGAGAGCCAUGCGAGAGAGUACAGGUGUCCGAUUGAUGGGUAG